AUGGAGCGGCGCGAGCCGGGGACGCCGCGGACGGGGGCGCGCUGGCUGCCGCCCGCCGGGCCCCUCGGCGUGUGCCCGGCGCCGGGCGGGCGGGGCUCGCGGCCCGCCGCUUUAUUGGGUCACCGGCCUCGCCCCGCGCCCCCUCCCCAGGCUGCACGUACGGCGGCGGCGGUCCGAGGCGGCGGCGGCCCGGGGGCCCACCCUCCGGGGAGGAAGCGCCGCCUCCCCGCGCGCCGGGCCCUAGCGAAGCGGCUGGUGACAAAGCCCGGGCGGCGGCGCGGUCGUCGAGCCGCAGCCCUGCGUUCGGCCCGCUUUCACACGGGCCCGUUCCGGCCUCAGGCUCGGGUCGUUGCCCCCAAGGCCUGCCAGUGCCGAGCUGAGCGGACGCCGAGCGCUCCCGCGCGGGCGUGGGCCGGCCUGGCCGCGGUCUCGAUGCUGCCGUGCACCUGGGCGGGGGACCCGUUCGUCAGGUGGUAGGUGAUCAGCACAAGCUUCCAAGUGCAGAGCGGGGCCCCGGCCGGGUGUUCCGACGCCGGCUCACGCCGUCCAGUCUCGGUGACUCCCCUUCACCUCCAGCCGCACCCGAGGCCUCCGCAGGGGUGAUCUGCUGAGGUGGAGAACACACCAGGGCUCGUCGGGGCCGUGCCGCCCUGGCGGUCUGGUCUCUUGGCUGGGAGAGGGAAUUCGAAAUUGGUAAUUAGCUUGUCCUUUCUGGUUGUAGUCAUAACCAAGGACACUAUACUGGCGUGUAAUGCCUUUGAAGAAUCAGUCUAAGGAACUGGAUCCUCUAAAAUUCAUAAUUCUGUGUAAUAUAGGUUCUACAUAGCCGUUCCAAAAACUGCCCUCUCAGAUAUCAUGAGAUGGAACGCGUAUUGUAUGAUGUGUACAUAUUACAUUUCUUAGAGUAAUAAUAAUUGGAAUGGAAUCUAUAACGCUAGGGGGGUGUCUAGUUUUCUCAAAUAUUGAAUAACUAAAACUAUGGGUCAAACUGUCAUGUGGUAUUUCCCUCCUUCCCUUAGCAGAAUGCCCUUAGGUGAAUUCAGCUGCCGCUAGCUCUAGACAUACACGGAAUCAGAAAUUCGCAAACUGUGAACAGAAACCAGUCCCAACUGACUCACUCCCCACAGUUUUGCUUGUCUGAGAUACUCGUCUUGUUGAUGCCUACCCUUCAGCAAUUGUGGGAGGAAGGAAGAGUGAAGAGGAUUUGCCUCUUGACACUAAAUGAUGAUCUCGCAACAACACAAAAGCUACAGCGUGCCAACCAUGCCUCAGCCACUGGACAUAGAAAGACAAAGAAAGCUAUCUGGUUGAUUUACCCAGUAAGUCAGUCUUAGAAUUCUCAGUGCUCGUGAUAAAGUAGAGCUUAUUACCAAAUGCUAGCCUGGGAUGUGGAAUGGCUCACUCUGCCUUUGGUAGCUAGGCCUCAGUGGGUUUUAUUUCCCUCUUCUCUGGGAAGGCAGCAAAGGAGGAGGGUCUGUGUAGUUUUGUCCGUAUAGUUCAAGAGCUGUGCCUUUGGCUAUCUUACCUGCAUUACACAUUACAGCAGGUCCCUCUAGGCAGUACAGUGUUUAGACAUUUCAGUGAGGAUAUCUUGCUUUAUUCAUGGUUCAGCUCGAGUACCUGUUUUCUGACAUUUGAUUUUCUCUCUCUCCUUUCUCAAAGAUACGGUAAAUGGUUUUUAAACCAGUAUUGACUCUAUAAAAUGAACUCUGUUCCCUCCUUAUAAAAAAUGAUAUUUAAACAAAGAAUAGCAAUCAUCAUCCUAUGUAUCCUUACCCUGGUUUCACUUACAAUGUACCCUCUGGAUGCUAGAAGCUGUGUAUUGUCUAGUGGUCAGAACACAACACAAAGUCUGAAUUCUCAACCAGCUCUGCCACUGAAAUCUGUAAAAUAGAGUGUCAUAAGUCAGUCUUUUAAAAAGUAUUAUCCAGGCCUGGCCCAGUGGCGCAGCAGUUAAGUGCACAUUCCGCUUCAGUGGCCCAGGGUUCGGCCGUUCAGA